AUGGAGGCCGAUCUUCUUUUUACUGAGUCAGCGGGUGAAGAACCAAUACUAGAUGAAAUGUCUGAUCUUUUGCAUGAGCAAAUAGACUACGAACCUAGCCACAUAUUAGGCAAAAGAGGAAGGAAUACUUCGCCUUCGCCAAAAAAAGCUAAAGAAAGUGAGCAAGAAGGAGACUGGGAAGAAGUGAAAAGCAGUAAAGAGAGAUCUAAAGAAAUAAGAGGUAGUAUUGAAGUAUGCAUAACGUCUAAAGAGAAGUUCCCGAAACAGUUUACCCUUGCCAAGUUAUUUAAUAAAUAUUCAUAA